AUGCAGACCAACCUUGCUCUGCCACGAAUUCUUUGUCUUCAUGGCGGAGGCACCAAUGCUCGCAUUUUCCGCAUGCAAUGCCGCGUGCUAGAGCGAAUGCUCAGCUCUCAUUUUCGACUUGUGUACGCUGAGGCACCUCUUCCCGCCCGGCCAGGAUCUGAUGUGACAGCCGCCUACAAAGACUACGGGCCUUUCAAAGCGUGGUUUCGUGUACAUGCAAGGGAUCCCAUCCUUGAUGAAUAUCAAAUUGUGAAUGGGAUUGAAGAUUCUCUAUUUGCCGCUCAACAAGCUGACGACAAGCGCGGCGCGACUGGUGAAUGGGUCGGGCUCUUGGGAUUCAGCCAAGGUGCCCAUUUGGCUGCUAGCAUCCUGGCGAACCAACAAGUAUUCCAGAACAAGACAAUCCCAGUCUACCGGUUCGCUAUCCUAUUAGCUGGACGAGGGCCUUUGCGUUGGCUCAAUCCAGAGGUUUCUAGGCCUGCCGGAUUCAUCGACGCGACACAGUGUACUACAGGCCAGGAAUUCAGCGUUGACCCGAUGGAAUACCGAGUGAAGAUUCCAACAAUUCACGUCCACGAUUACUGUAUCAGCAUUGUGAUUUGA